AUGAAGCCGUCAUUCUUCCGCUGCCAAAACACCACGUGGGUGGAGAAGGGCUACUCGGCGACCGUGGGCUGGGUGCUCUUCAGCGCGGGCCUCCUGGGCAACCUGCUGGCGCUGGGGCUGCUGGCGCGCUCGGGGCUGUCGUCCUGCUCGCCGCGCUCGCCGCGCCCGCCGCCCUCGGUGUUCUACGUGCUGGUGUGCGGCCUGACGGUCACCGACCUGCUGGGCAAGUCCCUGCUCAGCCCCUUCGUGCUGGCGGCCUACGCGCAGAACCGGAGCCUGUGGGGGCUGGUGCCGCCGCCGUCGGGCAGCUCCCUGUGCCAAGCCUACGCCUUCUUCAUGUCCUUCUUCGGCCUGGCGUCCACGCUGCAGCUGCUGGCCAUGGCCCUGGAGUGCUGGCUGUGCCUGGGGCACCCCUUCUUCUACCGCCGGCACGUCACCCCGCGCCGGGGCGCGCUGGUGGCUCCCGCCGCGGGCGCCUUCGGCCUGGCCUUCUGCGCGCUGCCCUUCGCGGGCUUCGGCCGCUUCGUGCAGUACUGCCCGGGCACCUGGUGCUUCAUCCAGAUGGGGCACGAGGAGCGCGCGCCGUGGGUGCUGGGCUACUCGGUGCUCUACGCCAGCCUGCUGGCGCUGCUGGUGCUCGCCAUCGUGCUGUGCAACCUGAGCGCCAUGCGCAGCCUCUACGCCAUGCACCGGCGGCUGCGGCAGCGCCAGCGCGGCUCCCUCACCCGGGACCGCCCGGAGCCCAGCGACAGGGUGGUGUCCCCGCCGCCCCUGGAGGAGCUGGACCACCUGCUGCUGCUGGCGCUCAUGACCGUGCUCUUCACCCUGUGCUUCCUGCCUUUGAUUUAUCGUGCUUACUAUGGAGCAUUUAAAGCUGUCACCAAGAACAGAAUAUCUGAAGAAGCCGGAGACCUCACAGCCUUGCGUUUUAUAUCUGUGAUCUCAAUUGCGGAUCCCUGGAUUUUCAUCAUUUUCAGGACAUCAGUGUUUCGGAUGUUUUUUCACAAGAUUUUCAUAAGGCCUCUUAAGUACAGAAACUGGCCCAGCAAUUCCUGCCAAACGCACAUGGAAUCCAAUCUGUGA